AUGAAGGCUCCAUUCAGCGUACUCCACAUGUAUACAUUGGCUAGUGAAUGGAAUAUCCACCUCUCAGAUUGUUGGUAUCAGAGCCUCUUUGUGCUCUGUUUUUCUCCUGGGUUUUUUCUUCCCGUUUUUAUCCUUUUUUUCCGGCCGGUUAUCACCUCCGCUGCGUCACUGCCUCACCGCUGCCCUCCGGCCCUCUCUGACAUCGCCGCUGCCUUCCCGACGUCGCCGCCUGCUGCUCCGGCACCGCUGCUUCCUCUCCGACCGCUCCUGCCCCGGAGCUGCAGCUGCUGCUGUCUCGCUCCUGCUGCCCCGCCGGACGUCGCCGCUCCACGUCAGACGUCGCAGCUCCUCGCUGGACGUCGCCGCUCCACGCCCGACGAUCACAGCCUCACUGAUCCUCCUCCCCGAGGAUUCUUCCCCGACGUCACAUGGAAUAGGUCUACUCGAGGUCAACCCACAAAAAAAUAUGAACCUACCCUUCAGACUAAAGCCAAGUAUCCGGUGGCCAAUUUUAUAUCUACCAAAAGAUUAUCUAAGUCAUAUGAGUCAUUCGUGAAUCAAUUGAACUGGCCACUUAGGCAGUUUGAUGUUAAGAAUGCAUUCCUUCAUGGAGAACUAACGGAGGAAGUAUACAUGGAUCUUCCACCUGGAUAUAAAAUUGGCUACAUGCAGAGUAAUUCAGACCACACAUUGUUUCUCAAACACCAACAAGAGAAGGUAACAGCUCUAAUCAUAUAUGUUGACGAUAUGGUAGUUACUGGUAAUGAUACUAUUGAGGUGGACAGAUUACAAAAACAGCUUGCCACCGAGUUUGAAAUGAAGGACCUAGGUACACUCAAGUACUUCUUAGGAAUUGAGGUAGCCCGGGGAAGUGAUGAUCAAGUGCCCACUGACAAAACUCGUUAUCAGAGGCUAGUUGGACGCCUGAUUUAUUUGUCACAUACCAGACCAGAUGUUGCGUAUGCAGUAAGUAUAGUGAGUCAGUUUAUGCAUAAUCCGAGUGUGGAUCACAUGGAUGCUGUUGUGAGGAUUUUAAGGUACUUGAAGUCAGCUCCAGGGAGAGGAGUAAUGUUUUCUAAUCACAACAAUAGCCUCGAGAUUUGUGGCUUCAAAGAUGCAUACUGGGCUGGAAAUAUUACAGGGUAUGCUUUUGCACAUGAUGGGGUUUUGGUGGAGAAAAUUCAUUCUUUAUUGGAUGCCAUUGGUAUUACUGGUAUCUCUUAUAUUCCUCGGAGUGUGAAUGGUGUUGCUCAUGCUAUUACAACAAGAGUAGCCUGUCUUGAGGGGUGUAUGUGGUUAAGGGUUGGGCCCGAUUGGCUCUUGAAUGGAAAUGACAUAUCCGUAACUAGUUAUAGCUCUAGAGAAGCGAGUGGAAUUUCUAUUGCUUCAAUCGAUAUUUCCAAUUUGGUUUUGUAA